CAGGGAAAUUGCCAUAUCACAGCAAGCCAUUUCCAAGUUAGGCGCGAAAGUAUUCGGGGUAUUUUGGUCAUUUUCGAGCUGUAAAUCGAUUCCAAAAUGCCUAGGAUUGAUAACGACAUAAAGUUGGACUUCAAGGAUGUAUUAGUGCGGCCGAAAAGAAGCACUUUAAAGAGCAGAGCCGAUGUUGACCUUCAUCGCAAUUACGUCUUUUGCAACUCCAAGGGAAGUUAUGAAGGGGUUCCCGUCAUCUCGGCUAAUAUGGACACAACUGGGACAUUUGAAAUGGCAAAGGCCCUAGCAAAGUUUAGCUUAUUUACUGCUAUUCACAAGCAUUACACAGUGGAUGAAUGGGUGACAUUCACCAAGGAGAAUCCUGACAUUGCAAAUAAUGUCGCUGUCAGUUCUGGCACGGGUCCCGCUGAUGAGGAAAAGCUCUGUGCUAUCAUCGGUGCCUGCCCGGGGCUCAAGUACAUUUGUUUGGACGUUGCCAACGGAUACUCAGAACAUUUCGUGAACUUUGUCAAACAUGUUCAUGGAAAGUUUCCCAAACAUACCAUUAUGGCUGGAAAUGUUGUGACUGGCGAAAUGGUAGAAGAGCUGAUUCUAGCUGGUGCUGAUAUCAUCAAGGUCGGGAUCGGCCCGGGAUCUGUCUGUACCACGAGGAAGAAGGCUGGGGUAGGCUACCCUCAGUUGAGUGCUGUGAUAGAGUGUGCUGAUGCUGCACAUGGGCUGGGUGGACAUAUCAUUUCGGAUGGUGGCUGUACUUGCCCAGGUGAUGUGGCAAAAGCUUUUGGUGCUGGAGCAGACUUUGUGAUGUUGGGUGGCAUGCUGGCUGGGCACACAGAAUCAGGGGGUGAACUCAUUGAAAGGAAUGGCAAGAGAGUGAAGCUGUUCUAUGGAAUGAGCUCAGCCACUGCUAUGAAGCGACACAAGGGAGGUGUGGCAGAUUACAGAGCUUCAGAAGGCAAAACAGUUGAGAUUGAUUAUCGAGGUGACGUUGAGGCGACCAUUCAGGACGUCCUGGGAGGAUUGCGAUCGACGUGCACCUACGUCGGAGCGGCAAAGCUCAAGGAACUUAGCAAGAGGACGACAUUUAUACGGGUAACACAACAAUUGAAUCCAGUAUUUUCUGCUUUUGAGAAAAAAGAAGAACCAAAGCCAUCGGCAAGUUAGAGAUCUAUAGUCCAUUUCAUGAGAAAAUGCCACUCUGAAAGGAACUUUUGAGUGAAACGUCAUUUCAUCUGCUACUUUUGGAGAAGCGGACUAUACAUGACCAUGAGCAGACUGUUUGAAGCAAAUCACUGACAGCAUUAUUGCAUGCAGUGCCAUUUUUUCAUGAAAUGGGAUAUAGACUUGUUCGAAUCUAUACUUCCAAGUUUAUUUUUUGAAAGCAUGUGAUUGGGUGAUGUUCUUAGGGCUGGAAUAAGGAGGUGAUGUUAGCAAACACAGCUGAUCAAGUUUAUAUGUAAUAAAAGACUGAAAAUAAUCAAUGUGAUUAAAACUGUGCCUUUCUCGCACACCUUAGCUUACAUUUUGAUCAUUCUCCGACUUGUUCCUUCCCAAUGACACAACGUUGGUUGUUUUAACUGUGGCUAAGUGUAUCCUCUCCCCUUUCCAAGAUAAUGUUGUCAAUUAAACGUUACAUGUAAUAUUACUGCCCAUUUCAAAAGGUUAUUUAUUCCUUUUAGAAGCAGACCUGUGUUGAGCUUCAUUAAGUUGCUUAAGAAAAUACCUGUGCCUAAAAAAGCUACCAAAGUCGUUUUUUUGUUUGGGUGGGCUCCAACUACGAGCCAAUGCAUUACGCUGUGCAAUGCAUUACACUGUGCAAGGCAUUACACUGUGCAAUGCAUUACACUGUGCAAUGCAUUACACUGUGCAAUGCAUUACACUGUGCGAUGCAUUACACUGUGCGAUGCAUUACACUGUGCGAUGCAUUACACUGUGCAAUGCAUUGCAGUGCAUGGUGCUUUGUUGUUAAUGUUUCUCUCUUCUCUUAUCAGAGCUCCCCGAUGGACCGGGCAUGAGCUGUCGUGUAAGUAAUGACGGGUUUGUUCAGAUGGCUCAUAACAAAUAAAGGUCUGCAGCUGAAUUGUGCUAGGUACCUGGCAUAGUAUUCACCUCAAUGAAUCUCUUUUUUUUGGAGAAAAAUCUCAAUGUUAUUUUUCAAGUUUUGACCCAAAGUGAGACCUUGUUUGAUGGAUUUUGGAUUUGAUUGAAGCCUUGCCUGUCGAACGUCAGGACAGACCCGUCUCGUGUGUGGUUUUUUGGCACGAAUAGUUUUCCAAUCCUGGCAGCUAGGUCUUGAGACUUCAAGGGUUAACAUGUGCUCUUUCAACCAAUGAGAUCGGCAGAUCAGUUUGUGAGUGUUAACCCUUGAUGUGUCAAGAUGGGCGAAGAAGCUAGUGUGUGCAAAUUCUAGUUUAACAGUGGUGCAUAUAACUUUGACUUUGAAAUAAAAGGUUAAUGAUCAAUCCUGUCAGUGCUGAUGCCACCUGAUGAAACCUCUGUACAUGCACUGCAUUAUUAUGGAUACAUUUGUAUGUAACGUUUCUUGCUUAAACCAAAUUUAUGCUGCAGCUGUGUUACAAAUAGAGUGCUUCCACCUACUAAUUGUUGAAAAUAAUGCGUACGCACUUAACUUAACGUGACAAACAAGUGAUGAUUGCGUGUACUUCUGUCGUCGCCUCCAGUUUGCUAACCCCUGGUUUGUUUUAACGUUGGAUUGUUCAACCCACAAGCCUGUGUUCUUGAACUGUUAGGUAAACUGGUACGAUCACAGCCCCAGUUAUACAUUAUAUCCCAACAGUUUAUAGAAAACAGCUGGCAGUGCGAUCACAGCCCCAGUUAUACAUGAUAUCCGAACAGUUUAUAGAAAACAGCUGGCAGUGCACAUAGUCACACUGGGGCUAUUAUUGUACCAGGGCUGUCUUUUUGCCGUGUUUACCCUCCUAGAAUGUUGAUUUCCUUAGCUUGAUGCCAUGGCUGAACUUGUUAAUCAUACAAUAAACUCUGGUUCAGAAGCUUUAAACACCGAUGACCCUGUAUUUUCAACUAAUGCUUUGUACUUCUGUGUGUAAGGGAGUGUGUCAGAGUGAUAAUGAGGCCAAACAAACCACACUGUUGGUUUCUUCUUAGACCACCUCCCACCCCUAACAAACGGUGUUCAUUUUGUUGGCUUCAAUCAUUUUGACAUGAUCCCCAACCUUGAAGUUGCUUUGUUGUGUUAAUUUGCACUGAGUCUGUUUAACUCCUUCAUACCCACAUACUUCUUAAAAUUCUCCAAACAUUGUAAAGUCUCAUCCCUCUGAGCAGGUGUGUUGGGGUCCAUGCGUGGGCAUGGCCUAACACUAACAAUCUUAUAUUAUGAUGCCCAGAAACUGGCAAUGCCAAUCGUGUUGUAGUCUCAUGUAUUUUUCGAACUCAAAAUGAUCUCAUGUACACAUAUACAUGUAGGCCUACUUGCAUAUUGAUAGGUUUGACUACCAAUUAUUUUGAAUAAUUCAGUGAUAUGAUAUUAAAUUCACAUGUAUUAUAAAGUAUGUGUUCAUAUCUUUCGGCAUUUUAAGCAAAAAUAACAAUCAAAAUACAUUUGUUAGGUAGAUGUUACCUGUUGUUGUUUAAGAUUGAUUAACAUGUUAAUGGUGAUGAAAACUUUAUCAAGGUGAUGAAGUGCAUGAUGUUAAUUGAGUGUUCAUUGUGGUGUGUACAUGUGCGGUUAAAAGGUUGGAGGGUUUAAAUAAACUA